AUGUCGGCCGCGAUCGAGCGCAUCGUCGACCGCAAGCUGAUCAAGCAGCGCGUGCACUACUACGUCGUGUGGAAGGGCUUUGGCGAAGAGAACAACACGUGGGAAAGCCGCAUCGACCUGAUCGCGGAUGGCUACACGGACGCCAUCAAGAGCUACGAAGAACAGCGGAAGAAUGCGUCGGCGGCGUCUACGCCUCGCGGCCGCAGUCCUGGCCGCCCGGCGUCCAAGAGUCCACGGACAAAGAGCAAGAGUCCUGGACGUGGAGUCGGUCGCCCUCGAUCGCGACGCAGUCGCUCCCGCAGUGUCUCCGUGAGCAGGAAGCUGCCCAUGCACAGCAAGGACGACGGCGAGCACAGCAGCAGCAGCACGGCCACGCGACAACGGAAGAACAAGCCAAGCGAUGACGUGGAAAACGAUGAUGAUCGUAGCGGUGUAGCGAAGGAGACAUCGGGGCGUCGGUCGACUCGGCCACAACAGGCUGCGACGGAGACGAGCAAGUUUGUGUCUCGACUGGACGCGCACAAGAUUGGUGAUCCCGCGAUGACGGAUGAGGAGGACGACUCGGUUUUGUUGCGGUCAACUAUUGCAGCGCUGGCGCCGGGGAUGCACGGAAUAGCUUUGUCGACUCCGCCGGUGUCGGACAAGAACGUGCACGAGAAGUCGGUGGUGCUGUCGUACGAGGCGGACGAGGAGUCGGAGAUGCCGUUCAAGCACGCGGCACUGAAAAGGCAGAACGCAGCAUCUUUCAAGGCCAGUCCAUCGUCGGCCAGUACUGUUCACGAAGACGCCAGAUCGGCUCACGAUGGACUGGUUGCCAAGACUGGGACGAGCAACUAUCUCAUGUCGUUCGUGAGUGCAGCGACCGUGAUAGGCUCCCUCGUGGCAAGCCAUGUGCUGCCUCGUGAGGAUGAUGAAGGCUUCGAUCUGUGGCAAAGGUGGCUUCCGUUCCUCACGCCCGUCGUGGCGCUGCUACUAUUCUUCCACCAGAAGGAUGCGCACGCUUCGGCGAAAUGGGUGGCUACUAGUCUGACGUGGCGUGCUGCUGCCGAGCUGCUACUGUUGAUCGGGAGUACGCCGCGCGAGUUCGAGAUGAUGGUGGCUGGCUCGGCCUUCGUUGCGAACGCGUCACUGCUAAUUGCUUUCGUGUCCAUGCUUUGCAAUGGUGAGCACGAGCAGUCCAAGGCUACACUUGCGCUGCUCGGAGUUGGAGCUCUGGCGCUCUUCCUAUCAGACAGCUGGGUGAUUUCUACCAAGAAUACGGAAUUGGAGUCUCGUGUAACUCUCAUGUCCAUGGCUGUUCUAACAAUUGCACUGUCGCCAAUGCCAUCGGCAUCUUUGGAGGACGAUGAUUAG